AUGGUUCGUAACAUGGAUGAGGAAAGCGGGCGAUGUGCGACUUCAUUGUGCUGCACUUCCAACGAGGGUCCGUCCAACCUCAUUAUCUCUUUGAACAAAAGAGAGAACUAUGGAAGGAAGCGGGAUGUAUCAGGAAGGUACCGCGCUGAUAUUACCUUUUCGAAGUUGGAAUGCGUGUCCACCUUUUCACGCUACAAUUUCAAGGAGUCGAAAUGGGAGGAGUGUAUCGUACCUAGAGAACCAAGGGAUUUCUUUGGGCGUUUCGGUCUCAUCCUGGGCCUCUCUAGUGAUUCUACAUAUCUUGUCAUGUUGCGUGCUAAUCCAGCUCGAGCAGUUGUCGUGAUAUACUUUCUUCUGCUGUCUCCGGAAUUCGCAGUUCAUCGAAAUCAUGUAGUUAUACGCGAGUACACUAUGGCAACGAGACUGCGCAUGUACUUCCAUCCAUCCAAUCGUUUCAUAUCUACAUUCGUGUAUAAUGAGUCGCACUUCCAGUCCGCGAUGAUGAGUGGGCUUUCUGAAGCUUCAGUAUUUCAUGUUUACACAUUGUUCCCUCAGUACUCUCUCUGUCUUCGUUUCACUUCUUCAGCUACUAUUGUAUGCCGUGAAAAACCAAAACGGAACUCAACCAUGAAAAAGUAG